CUUCAUCUUUCUCCGUUACCUUUCAACACAGUUAUCAUAGACGCCGUGCAGCGUGUCCAACAACCUCCUCGUCGUAAGGAGACAGAAGCUGCUUCAUUAUAGCAGUUUUCUACCUGCUGCCUGCCCUUCUGUUUCUGGAACUUUGCUUCACCGGCUUUCCAGCUUGCCCUCCAAGAGCUUGGAGAACCCACGUUGCCAGUACCCCACCUGACGAACUACCGUGGGAUAUCCCAGACUGGAACUUUCCCCCCCAACCACCACGGACCCUGCGCACUUUCUCAACGACCAUCAACCAAAUGAAUAAAAACUGCCUCCAAGAAUGACUGGAUUGCCCGCAGUGGUGACGAUGGCUCUCCCGUACAGGAGCCUUGCCGGUCGCCUAGAAGGCCCCUGCAAAAUGGCUGCAUACUAGUGUCGUGUGCAGAAUGAGACACCUGGCGGCUGGUCGAAACCGAGCAUAUUCGCUUGCCUGAGUUGAGGCUAUUCCCAGCGAUUUGGGCUGGCGAAUUCUGUCCUUGUGCACUGGUUCCGCCUCUUUCCCCCAUGUUCCACUGAUCCAUCUUUGACCUCCCUGCGGCUGCCAACCUAGACAAUAACAAAAAGCACAUCGGUCAACAGGGCAACUGGCGCAUUCCACACGAAUCCUUUGCUGCAGCGAUGGGAAUCUGCAUCUUCACUUCGGAGUAUCAUGGGCAUUCGCUCGGCACUUGCAAAGCAUGGCCACAGUAUCAUCGUCCAUAUCCUUCGGACCGUCUUGUCCGCAGUCACAAGGCCAUGCAGCCGAACACAGCCUGUCAGCCCUGCCGGACGCAAUCGUGGCCCAACGCAGCUUUGCGAUGUAGGACACAUUUCUCAUCCCCAAACUCGAAAUAAUCGACAGGGGCUAUGGAUGGAUGCCGUCUCCAAGUCAGUGGCCCAGAUAACCAGGGUAGGGCAACAUGGUGCUUGAACACGUCACACACCUGGAACAGAAGUAUGAAUGAUUUCGACAGGACCGUCAAAAACCGCCUGUCCCUCAAACUUGAUGAGUGUGCAGUUGUAGAAUUAGAACACCGACCGCGUGUCCAGCGGUGCUGCGGCGGCACCUCACUGGAGGCGACCGGACCACAGCAAUCGUUUGCGGUGAUACGUGCUAAUCCCGCGUGCUCGCUCCACAAGGGCGAGGCCAUGGCCGCAUCCGCUCAAAAACGUCGAUGUUGGGCAUGCGGCGCAAGUCCGUGAUCUGGUUCGUGAAGUGAAGCCUACUCCGACCCCGGCGGGGAUUUCGAUGAUGUUGAUCGCUGGACCACACCAUUCCGCCCAGAACUCCAGGGCCGUGGCAAUCUUGCCGAACUGGCUCCAAAGGGCUCUAAGACAAGGCAGCCCACAAAACACACUGGAUUUGGUCGGACACGACAAUUCUGACAGAACAUCAGAUUGCAGCCUUGAACAAACGCAUCAGAUAGUGAGAGGAAUGAUAAACCAAGUAAAACAGAAGCGCACAUAAUUUAUGCCAGUUCUAUGCCUUUUCUGUCUGCAUCGUCAGAACGGGCCAUGGUGUAUGAAGCACGUUGAGUGCAUGAUACUGCUGAGGAUAUCGUGGCUACGGGUCGCCGGAGUCGUGGAUAGCCUUUCUAGACGUGAGGGUAAAGUGCGGAGAUCGUGACGCGACGUAGUAGGCGAUUGUCCUUGAGGAAAGCCAGUGUGGGCCGGCCAAACACCAAUGGGCUUGUGGGGCCGCGCCACCAGCAUUUUUCCUGUCCGAACUACAGACACUAGCUCUGAAAUCACCCGACGCAAAGUACUGGCGGGACGUCGCCAUGCACGUGACAGGCUCGGUUAAUGGAAAAAGUCAGUGUGGGGCCCAGGGCACACUUUCCGCCGGCCCACGACCUCCUUCUCUAGCAAAAUUGUCUCGAGGUGACUUUUGAAAUUCCCAACCAUCACCACCGACGACAACACCUAGCCCUCCGAACGCCAGAGGACAGCCAAGAUGGGUCGCGUUAUCCGUAACCAGAGAAGGGGCCGUGGCUCUAUCUUCACGGCCAACACCCGCCUGAACAAGGCCCCCGCGAAGUUCCGCAACCUCGACUAUGCCGAGAGACACGGUUACCUCCGUGGUAUCGUGAAGGAUAUCAUCCACGACCCCGGCCGUGGCGCUCCCCUUGCUCAGGUCGUCUUCCGCGACCCGUACAAGUUCAAGCAGCACACCGAGACCUUCAUCGCCAACGAGGGCAUGUACACCGGCCAGUUCAUCUACGCCGGCAAGAAGGCUGCCCUGACCGUCGGCAACGUUCUGCCCCUUGGCUCCAUGCCCGAGGGUACUGUCGUCUCCAACGUCGAGACCAAGAUCGGCGACCGUGGCACCCUGGGCCGCACCUCCGGCAACUACAUCACCAUUGUCGGCCACAACCCCGAUGAGGGCAAGACCCGCAUCAAGCUCCCCUCCGGCGCCAAGAAGGUCGUCCACUCUGAGUCCCGCGGCAUGAUCGGUAUCGUUGCCGGCGGUGGCCGUACCGACAAGCCUCUCCUGAAGGCUUCUCGCGCCAAGCACAAGUUCGCUGUCAAGCGUGGCGCCAACUGGCCCAGAACUCGUGGUGUUGCCAUGAACCCCGUCGACCAUCCCCACGGUGGUGGUAACCACCAGCACAUCGGUAAGGCCUCGACCAUCUCCCGCUACGCCGUCCAGGGACAGAAGGCCGGUCUUAUUGCUGCGAGACGGACGGGUCUGCUGCGUGGUACCCAGAAGACGAAGGAAUAAAGGUCAUCAUAGUUUGGCUGGAUUUCAGGGUUCCAUUGGGAUGGUGUUACGCGGCUGGCAUCUUUUGAGGGUACUCGCGAGGGCAGUUUAUCUGGUAGCUCGUCGGCAAGUACUAAAAGGCAUUUUGCGCAUUGAAAUGAUCACGCCAUGAUUCCCCAUCCCCACCAUGAGAGAGAGAGGGAAGAGGAACUCAACGUACACCAGAACCCAAGUGAUGAAUGAGACGCCGGGAGUUUGUGUGUGGAUGAAUGAAGAGGCAAAAAAACGGGGUUUAGGACAGUUUAGAAUCAGAGUGUGGACGAGGGU